GUGAGCGGUCUCAGAACAGAGUGCAAAGAGAGAGAGAGAAAGCAAAGUGAGUGUAAGAGCCCACUGUGGUCACUGCUAAAACACUGAUCCGAAGAGAAAUGGAGGGAUUAACCAGUCGGAUUUAAAAAUCUGGAGCUCAUGCGGAGGCAGCCAAUCGCUAGACGAUCUGGAUUAUAAGCACCCGGGGUUCUGCGAGAGGAACUUUGCUCCGAGACUUGUCAACAAAUGCAGUGUUAAAUAAAGAAGCCACGGAGUGAAGUUUGAAUGCGCUCGCUGGGUGGAAAACAAGUCUGAACUGCUGGGCAGCGGAGGGAGAGCUUAAAAGAGAACGAAUUGCAGAAUAGACAUCGCCGGCCGGCGUGCCGUGCGUUCCUGCUGCUGACAGAAUGGGGUGGUUCUCAUACUGUACUAUAUGAGCAUGUUUUGUUCCUUAAAAGGAAGCCAGAGUUUCCCGCAGUGCCCUUGUGAUCUGAGUGUCAAGUGUUCUUAAUCAUCCUUCAGGGUCUGAGCUCUGGUCUAAAUGGGUCCGGUUAUGCCUCCCAGUAAGAAGCCGGAAGGAUCCGGGAUCAGCGUCGCGAGCGGCCUGAGCCAGUUUUAUCAGGCGAGCUCCAUCACGCGUGCCUUGCAGGAGGCAGAUGAGAUGGACCUGGCUCUUCCCACCAUCAAGCUUGAGAAGGGCAGUGUGGAAGAUGAGGAGCUCACCAACCUCAACUGGCUCCACGAAAGCAAGAACCUUCUCAACAGCUUCGGCGAUCCCGUGCUGAGGAGCGUCAGCCCCGUACAGGACCUGGACGACGACACCCCACCUUCCCCGGCCCAUUCGGACCUCCCGUACGAUGCCAAGCAGAACCCGAACUGCAAACCCCCUUAUUCAUUCAGUUGCCUCAUCUUCAUGGCCAUUGAAGAUGCCCCUUCCAAGAGACUUCCGGUUAAAGACAUUUACAAUUGGAUCCUGGAACACUUCCCAUAUUUUGCCAACGCCCCCACGGGGUGGAAGAACUCAGUCAGGCACAAUCUGUCUCUCAAUAAAUGUUUUAAGAAAGUGGAUAAGGACCGGAGUCAGAGUAUCGGCAAGGGCUCCCUGUGGUGCAUAGACCCAGAGUACAGACAGAAUCUCAUCCAAGCGUUGAAGAAGACCCCUUAUCAUCCUUAUUCCCAAGUGUUCACCACACCUCCCACCUCUCCUCAGGCAUAUCAAAGUAUGUCCAGUCCUCCAAUAUGGCCAGGAAGUCCCUUUUACAGAAAAAACAAGGGUGUCCUCCUGCAAGAAAUCGAGGCUCAUCAGACAAGACAAAAUUUUUCUAGUCUUCAACUGUCCAAUUUUGUUCCUCAGGGAGUGAUCCAGAAUGGAGCUCGUAUGAUGAGCCAGGGCCUCUUCCCGGGAAUCCGACCCCUUCCCAUCAACCCUAUAGUGAGCAGAUCUGCCGCUGUAAGGUCAGUACUUGCUGGCUACAGAAUCAGCAGUGAGGGUGAACCCAUCCUUACCUCUCCGAUGGUCAGUGGUGACCCCAAGGACGACCACACCUACAGUUUCGCCAAAUCUUCCAGCUCCGACGCCGAAGAAGAGACCCACUGCGACGGGAGCGAGGCGAACGAGGUCGGCAGCGAGGAGGACGACGACAAGAGCAAAAUCAAGAAGGAGCCCAAGGAGUGGUCGGUGGACGCCAUCGCGCUCGCCCAGCACAAGAAAUGGCAACUUUUGACAAAAGCCAAACAGAGAGUGGCCAGUGACACACUUCCUCUAAAAAAGAGGCGUACGGAGAAACCGCCAGAGAGCGACGACGAGGAGAUGAAGGAGGCGGCCGGGUCCCUGCUUCAUUUGGCGGGAGUCAGGGCCUGUUUGAACAAUAUCACCAACCGGACGGCUAAGGGGCAGAAAGAGCAAAAAUAAUGUAUUGUAAAGAGGAGGAAAAAAAGCAUCACUUUGAAUAGAAUUUACUAUUUUUUUCCAGGACAUCAGGUGAUUCUACUGAUUUGUGGCAAUAUCAACAAUCACUUUGUUUUCCUAUCUUUAUAGGUAACAUUUUACAGAGGGUUUCCUUGUUUGAGUUUACUUUUAUUGUGUGUUUUUAACCUACGGAGAUUGAAGCCAUAGCCUUCAAAGCAAAGGAUUUCAUUUGGCUCGUAGAAAAAGUGAGAGGUACAUCGAAAAAUGCCCCGGCCUAAUUGUCGAAAUUUGAUAAACAUUGUCCAGCAUGUUCUCGAUUUGUGGUGCAAAGUUAAGAGUGAUGUGAAUUAAACGCCAGAGACAAUCCUGUCGAGCAGUCCCUGUGAUGUCACUUCCCAUCCUCGUGCUCGUCUUAGGGCUCGUACUUACGCUGGCGGUAGUUUUCAUAAAUCACGGGAAUGAGAGAAAAGCCAUAAGCCUUUGUCAAAGUGUUUUUUGGAGGUAAAAGUGAUACACGAAUAAGUCUUUUUAAACUGCCCACGUUUUUUCCUAAGCAAUCAAAAUGAGUGAUAUCGUCCAUCUAAAGUGAUAGCGGAUGGUGAUAUUUCUUCUUUGGCACAAUGAAAAUGAAAACUUGGAGCUAAUGCUACAAUACCUGCCAGUUGUAUUUUAAUAGCAGAAAAUAAUGCUAUGACUGUGGAGUUGUUUUGUGUUCGUUUGUUUGUUUGUUUACGUUUAUUUUUCAACCCUCGUGAUGUAAUAAGCAAUUUCAUCCAGUCAGGAUAACACUGUAUAAAAGUUACACUACAACGAUUUUCCUUUCUUAAUUUAAGCAAUGUAGCCAGCAGAAUUUUCCAAAUUGUGUUGCAUGGGUUCUGUAAAGAAAAAGAAGACCGUUUUUUAAAAAUCAAAACUUCAUGUAAGGUAAAUACUGUAUUUAGCAUGGAGCAUGAAUUAUUUUCAUAUAAAUAUAGAUCCUAGAGAACUACGGCACCGCCUCUAAUUUCUAUGCCAAUAGGCCUAGUCUCUUUUUCAUCGUUAUUUUAAUUUUUUGAAAUUGUCGUCCUCGUCAUCACGUUAUGUUAAAGCAGGCGUUUAAAAAAAAUCUUCUUCUUCAGGGACAAACGCUGACUGUUGGAAAACUCUCUCUCUCUAUCUGCAAUAUGAUGACUUCACGUUCUGCGCAGGGCCCGUGGCCCAUCUACCCUAACAGAAUACCAUUCCAGAGUCGGGAAUUUCAGCUAUAUCAAUGUCCGUGUCUUUAAGGAGAAGUUCGUAGUGAGUGUCGGCACCCAGCUCCUUCUUGCUUUUCUUCCAUGCGUAAUCCGGAUGUACGUGUCUGCGUGUCUUCCAUUUAUUCCGCAAGACUUUGGAUCUGACGUGAUAGUUUUCGUUUCUGUUUUUUUUGUAUUUACGUAUCGCUCUAUUCAGGAGUUUGUCAGUAUCAGAUGCACGAUAACGGAUCUUUACACCUCCAGUAGAUCUUUAUAUUUAAGCACUUAUAUAAACGAGAUAUCCGAGCUCAGUGCAAACACUAGUGUAUAUACUUUACGACCUCGCCCAAUUGCACUUUUAUUGAUUUAACUCAACUCGAGGUAAACGUCUCUUUACCUUCCAACAUACGAAUUUUAAGAUUCAGUGCCAAAGCUUGUAACAACUCUAUACACUGCAAAAUGGACGACGCAUACUUGAUGUCAAUAACUUGUAGCAUUUCUGUCAAUGACCCAUGUAUGAUAAAUAUUCUUAAUCAUAGUAUUUCCUAUCAUAUUGCAUUGCUGUAAUUUACUCUCAUGUCAUACCUCCAUCCCCUUCAUUUGAUGAUAGUGGUUUCGUGUUGAAUGUCUUACCUGGCUGAUGAAUGUUAAUGUGAUGUCUCCUGUUGGCAUGCCUUUAUACCUAACAAAGAUAGAACAUUUUAGAAAUUUGUUUCCCACAUCUGCACCUACUACGAAUGAUCCCGGAUAUAACUCUCGUACGGAUUUGUGACCUUGUCUGAUGUUAAAUCCUAAACAGUUUUUACACAUUAUAGUCGAAAUGGAGGCCAUGAGAAAGCUAACCUAUAGGCACGUAAUUUUUCGAUUAUUUUUCGUGAUACUGUCGCGAAUUUCUGCUUUGUUUUGUGAUCAUAUCACAAAUAUCUGUUUACGUGUCAUUGUCACGUAUUGGUUACCCAACUGUUUUUUUUAUUUUCUUACCAUUGUCGCUUCGGUUUAGAUUUACAUAAAAUUACGUCAUUACCCAAACCCAACUCUAACCCUAACACCAAGGUUUUAAUUUAGAAAAUAUAAAAAAUCUGAAAAAAUUGUAUAAACCAAUACUUAAAGUGACAUCCUAACGCAAACACCAAAUCUAACCCUAAACCAAAGCGAAAAUGGUUUGAAAAUAGGAAAAAGCUGUUAAGUAACCAAUACGUGACAAUGACACGUAAACAGAAAUUCGUGAUACAGUCACGAAAAAACGCAGAAAUUCGUGACAGUAUCACGAAAAUAAUCAAAAAAUUAUGUGCGUAUAGGUACGUAAUUUUGUGAGACUGGGUAGAAAGUAUAGUCCAUUUUUUAAGCGUACGCGAGGGUCCGUGCACUGAUUUUUGAAACCUUGCGUACAUUGUACGCAUACAUCGGCCAUGCGCCUACAGGAGAGUGUAGUAUGUAUCCCAGGAGAUGCAGCGCAUUUUAUCCAGCUUGAUCUUACGAGAAUUCGUACAUAUUUUACGAGUUGGCUAAUUCGUAUGAAUUCAUACGAAGUUAAUCGUGCAAAAACAUACGAUUCUCAUGAAAAAAAAAACAAUGAAACCUAACCACGCACCUAACCCCAACGUCACAGUCAAGGCAAAUCGUACAAAAACUUACGAAUGUGGUCGUACAAAUUAGCCAACUCGUAAAAUAUGUACGAAUUCUCGAGAGAUAGCGUUGCAGCAUCACAAUGCGCAUGCGUUGAGUGUACACGUACGAGUCAAAUAAACUAUACUUUGCAAGGCUGUACGUUCGAUCGUGUGCAUAAUUUCACGUAAAAAACAGACUAUACUACAGGUUUAACACACUGCCUUCCUAUAAACUACAACACUCACUACGUAACUUUUCCCUUGUAGAGUUCCUUCAGUGAAAAAACGCUCUGUUAAAGGAACCUGAAUAAGCAUCAACAAGCAGCCAAAUACCCGUUUCAUAGGAGGCGAUGUUUUUCCAUAGUUUUUUUGUUGUUUUGUUUAAAGGUUCCUGUUAACUGCCAUUAUGUUAAGUGUUUCAGUUUAAGAUGAAAGUAACGGAGUCCUUUUAGUUUGAAAUGAAUUAUUUGGUCUGAUGGCAUGUGCACCCGGCGAAUAUGUCAAUAUAGAGGCAUCAUUGCACUCUGUAUUUUCCUUGACUUGUAAUCAUAUUGCCAAAGACAAUUUUAUCAAUUAAUGUAAAUAUCACUUUAUCCAUUGCUACAACAGAUUCUAUUUGUUUUUCUUUCCGUUUAUUUUUCUCCAGCCCUACCAUCAAGUUUAUGUGAUGUAUUGUCUUCCAGUUGCAAUAAAAAAAAUGUUGCAAAGGUGA